AUGGCGGUCAGCACCGAGGAGUUCGCGACCGCGGUUGGGAUAGACGCAGCAAUUGCGCUCGUCGUCUUUGCGGUCUUCGCCAUCCUGCGAAGGCUGCGCUUCGCGAAUCGAUACUACGCGCCGAAGAGGUACUUGAAAUUGCAGUACAGGCGGCCGAAACGAUUGCCGAGUGGGCUGCUGUCAUGGAUGAGGCCUAUGUUCGCCUACGAGGAGCGCGACAUACUGGAGAUCGCCGGGAUGGACGCCCUCAUGUACCUCCGAGUCAUCAGUUUCGGUGGGCACGGGAAUGCCCCGCUGUCUCCUAGAACUAUCCUGAGGUUGAUGAUCGCUUUUGAACCCGGAGGAUGGUUUUGUGUCGCUUUCCAUCCCAGUCUUAGGCAGUGCUUUCUGGUGUGGGAUAGCCGACAAUGGUAG